AUGACCGCCCAGAACGACAUCGAAACCCGACUGGCCGAACUCCUCAAGGAAAUCAAGGACGGGGACCAAUGGCAGGUGGGCUACCCCGGCAACCAGAACUUCGACUACUCCCCUCUCAUCCCAUUCCUCAGCCACUGCCUCAACAACAUAGGAGACCCCUUCCACCAGACCCACUACCGGGGCAACACCCACCAGUUCGAACGAGAGGUCAUACUCCACUUCGCCCAACUCACCGGACUGGAUCCCGACGACGCCUGGGGCUACGUCACAUCGGGCGGCACCGAGGGCAACAUGUACGGCCUCUACCUGGCCCGGGAACUCCAUCCCGAGGGCAUGCUGUACUUCUCCGAGGAAGCCCACUAUUCGAUCCUCAAGAUUGCCCGCGUCCUCAAUAUGCCCCACACCACCGUCAAGAGACGGCCGACGGCGAGAUCGACUACGACGACCUCAGGGACAUGCUGA